GUUUUCAUUCCAGGAGACUUUAUAUUUAAGGUUAAAUUUUUUUCUUCCUGGAAGAAGAAAGAAAGAAGUUGAAAACAUGGCUUAUGCAGCAGUGAAGCCCCCGAAGGCUGGUUUGGAAGAGCCACUCGAGCAAAUUCAUAAGAUCAGGAUCACUCUCUCCUCCAAGAAUGUGAAGAACCUUGAGAAAGUGUGUGCUGAUUUGGUUCGUGGAGCUAAGGACAAGAGACUGAGAACCAAGGGACCAGUAAGAAUGCCCACCAAGGUUCUUAAGAUCACUACCCGAAAGGCUCCUUGCACUACAAGAAAACAACGAUUCGUCUCUCGCAACGAUUCAAUUUACUGUAGUAACCUUCAAUCUCCGACUCCGAUUAAAGCGAAGUUCCAUCUUGCUUCUGGGUUCCCAAUUUGCUUCAUUUAA